AUGAUCGAAGGAGUGAGCCCCGUCUUCCAGGCCUUCCUUGGCACGCUCGUGACAUGGGGUCUCACCGCCGCCGGCUCGGCGCUCGUCUUCGUGCUCGACGUCGAGAACAAAGAGCUGAGCCAGAAGAUCCUCGACUCGAUGCUGGGUUUUGCCGCUGGCGUCAUGCUCGCCGCCUCGUACUGGUCGCUCCUCGCGCCCGCGAUUGAGAUCGCCGAAGAGUCGCCGCUGUACGGGCCCGAGGGUCGCUGGGCGUUUGUGCCCGCCGCCGUGGGCUUCGCCUUGGGCGCGGGGUCAAUGCUCUUGACAGAGCAUGUGCUGCCGCUCCUCGGCCUCGACACGAAGCCGGAAAGCUGGGACAAGAAGGACGACGAUCUCAAGGUGUCGGCGGUGACGCCCGACAAGACGCGGUCGACAAGCUCGGACGGGCUGCGUCGCCGCAAGACGAAGAAGAACGACGCGCCGGAUGAUGAGGCGCCGUCAAAGCAAGACGACGCUGUCCACGACGACGCGAUCCAGAGCUUUGUCUCGGCCAAGGACAUGAGCUUUCGCCGCGUCGUCCUCCUCGUGAUUGCCAUCACGAUGCACAACUUCCCCGAGGGCAUGGCCGUCGGCGUCGGCUUUGGCAGCAUCGGGCACACGUCGUCCGCGACCUUUGGCAACGCCGUGAACCUCGCGAUCGGCAUUGGGCUUCAGAACUUUCCCGAGGGCCUCGCCGUCUCGAUGCCAUUGCGCCGCGAGGGCAUGCCGCCGUUCAAAGCGUUCAUGUGGGGCCAGCUCAGCGGUCUCGUCGAGCCCAUUGGCGGCCUGCUCGGCGCAUUUGCCGUCGUGUACGUCCAACCAAUUUUGCCGUACGCGCUCUCGUUUGCGGCCGGCGCCAUGGUGUUUGUGGUCGUCGACGACUUGAUUCCCGAGGCGCACCAGAGCGGCAACGCCAAGCUCGCGACCAUCGGGACCAUUGUCGGGUUCAUUGUGAUGAUGACCAUGGACGUCGCCCUCGGCUAG